CAAAAAGUCUGAGGUCUUUGGGUCGAUAUGAAACCCCUUAUAUCUUUUUAAAAAAGAACUGAGAAGAACGAAGAUUGACUUUGAUCCGGUUCCGCACAGCUCAUUUUUUGACACUGAUCCAGAGUUUCACCAUGUCAAGCGGAGUUUUGGCCCGUCUGAGUACGCUGACUUUGAGUAUACAGCAGCUGGGUCAAUUGCCACACUUGUUGAACUGGUUGUCCCGUCUACCUUUACCUCAAGCCACCGUACUCGCCUCUGAUGUGCCGAGCCUCUUUCGUGAGCCCUAUAUCUUGUCGGGCUAUCGUCCGGUGCAUCAGGAAUGGCGGAGCUACUUUUGUAGCCUCUUUCAAUGCCACAAUGAGUCGCUCAAUGUAUGGACACACCUGCUGGCAAUCCCUGCCGUUCUACUCCAGUUUUCUUUAUUUGCAGGGACAUGGGGGCUGACGCUAAACGUGGCGUCUUUGCCUCUGUUUUUGUAUGUGUUGUCAUCACUUACAUACCUCAGUUUCAGCGUGGCCGCCCAUCUGCUGCAGUCACAGUCUGAACUGGCCCAUUACUCCCUUUUCUUCGUAGACUACGUUGGUGUAGCUAUUUACCAGUAUGGCUGCUCACUAGGCCACUAUUUUUACUGUUCAGAGCCAGUAUGGAGGCACAGCCUAGUGGGUGUUGUGUUUCUGCCUGGUGCCGCGGUCCUGGCCUGGUUGUCCUGCACCAGCUGCUGCUACGCCAAAUUCCGUUACCACCGCCCGUACCCGCUCCGCCGGAAGAUCUGCCAGAUCAUUCCCACCAGCCUGGCGUACAUGCUCGACAUUAGCCCCGUAGCACACCGCCUGGUCACCAGAUCUUGGGACGAGCCGGUGUUGGUGAUUCAUGCCCUGCAAGUGGUGUUUUUCAUGUUAGCGGCUCUGUUUUUCUCUUGUCCUGUUCCUGAGCGCUUCUUUCCAGGGAGAUGUGACAUUGUGGGCCAUGGACAUCAGAUCUUCCAUAUCUUCCUGGCUAUGUGUACUAUGUGCCAGCUGGAAGCAAUGUUUAGAGACUUUCUGGUGCAUCGGCAGUCUGUUGUAGAUGUGCAUGGAGAACAUUUCAUUAUGCUGGCUGGAGGAUCGUUCUUCUUGUUGGUGCUGUGCAGUGUUCUGACUGCAGUUCUUAUGAGAGGAGCUGUGCAAAGGCAACUGAAGAAAAAAGACUGAAAACUAUUUUGAAAAGAUUUUACUAAGCAUAUUUGCUUAGUUAUAUUCUGCAGAACCAAAAGGUAUUUAUUAAUAUAAGUUGUAAAAUUAAAAUAGUUUUAUUUUAGUGCAUUUCUUAUGAGAAUUGCGAUGCGAAUUGCAAUGCUUUUCCUUCUUUCGUUUUUUUUAUAUUAAAAAUCCUACAAAUCAAAUCAAACUCAUACUAAAUGGGUUUUUCCCACAAAUGAAUUCACUGCUGAGGAUAAUCUACCACUUAGCUGACAUUCCUCUGAGAUCCAGUAUUGUAUGGCUUUGCAUAACUGGCCUGUUUACCUGAAACUGUUUGGAGUCUGGGAAUGAGUUUUUCGAAGGCAAAAAUAUUCAAAUUAAGGCGUAAAGCUGGAUUUGGCCCAAAUUAGAAUGAGGGAGAGUUGGAGGGGUGAGGGAUAAGGGAAACAAAGAGGCUACUUUUAUUUUGCACCCAGCAUUGUCAGGCAAUGGUGUUGUGGUGGAGGAACGGAUCAACUCAAGUUUGCUUCUUGUUUAUCUUAUAGAACUUUCAUGCUGAAUAUACAUACUCUGUUUAAAAAAAAAAACAUCUGCAGGCCUGAACAAAAAAAUUCAUGCUUAAAUACUUUGUUUGUCAUGGUGUGCUGUUAUAUACUGCGGGGUCCAACAGUCUAGAACCACACUGAAAAUCUUGUAGUCAAAAUCUGAUUUAAACCUAGAGAAAAAUUAAGUUUUAUAACUUAAAAAAUGUAAAGCAACAAAACACUGUAACGUAAAAUGUUACACUGAUAAAAUAAAUAGUUUUUUUAAACGUAUUAAAUUUGAACACUGCAAAAUAUAAUCUUUUUUGUUUUUCCCUUGAACUGUACUGUAAUUCGUCUGAACAA